GUGAAGGAUGAGCCGAUUCAGACCAUAUGUCCCUCAGACGCCAGCUCUGCACGAUGAUGCGUUGGAAUAGAACGUUGUCUUUCAAGAUUUGCAGUGCGCGAACUGCGUCGGAUGCCCUCGUAAGCCCUUGACCAGGCAGACCAGGCGAAGUUGACAUUGGUGAAGUUGGAGUAGCUGGCGUUGCUGGCGUAGCCGGUGAGGUCAGAUGCGACGAUCCUGCUCGUUCGAGGUGUGUCGAAGCUGAUCUCAGGCUCGUGGAUUCGGAAUCGUGCUGUUUCAACAUCUGAAGACCUGAAGAGACGGUCCGACGGAAACUCUUAGGCGUUGACGGUUCCUCGUGGAUCGGAUACUGUUCGAAUAUCUUGUUCGCUUGCCUGUGAAGAUUGCCGAUAUACAUUGGCAUGAUGUUCUUCCAGCGUUGGAUGGUAUUCCAUGCGAUUGUCCUAACGAAAUCCAAUCGAGUUUCCCAUCGUGUUCGGACAGGAAAGGGUUUGGUGGCUCAUGAUGAGCGGGUUCUGGCUGGGUUGGUAGAGCAUAUGCUAUGGGCACCUGAGAGACUGUUCCAGGGAACUCGCCAAAUGGAGACAGUGGCAGUUCUUGAUCGUACAAAGCAUCACCAGGUCCAGACAUUUGCUAAUAAGGUUGUGCGAGCUGUUGAUACGCAGGAUGUCCAGAUCCUGGAGGCAGUUGUGAAUAUGGUUGAAAUCCAAGUCCUGGCCCUUGCGAUUGAUACGGUUGUAUUCCAGAGACUGAUGCUUGCUGUCUUGGCUGUUGGAAGGUGAAUUGUCCAGAUGGCACAACUGGUGCAAGUCCUGGAAUUGGCACCUGACUAUAAGGCAAGUUGGGUGUACUGCCUCUGUCUGAGGCACUCGGGCCUUGGUUCUUGCCUGUCACAGUACCUUGAUUGAAAACCGCCAGGAAAUGGACCAUGCCCUUGUAAAAUGCUUGACAACCCAGAUCAACUGUCUGUCAAUGUAUAAUAUCUUCAUAACCUUCGGCAUUCUAUGCCCC